GAGCCACGCAACGAACCAAUGCGUAAUUGAAUUGAUGCUCUUCCUUCCCCUUUCUUCUACCUCCAACCCAUAUCUUGCUCUGCAAAUUCUCAAAUUUUAACCUUUUUUAUAUCCAAAAGCCAAACAAAAUCAUAAGUUGGAAGGCGGAGAAAGGAGAAGGGAGGAGAUGAUAACGCGAUCGAAUUUAGCAGAGCAAUUGAGGGAGUAUCAGCUUCGAUCUAAGCAUGAUUGGGCUUCCGUUUCGUUUUUCUCAUCAACGUCCAAUCUCUCAUCUUAUAGGGUGGAUGUUAUGGUCUUUGUUAUAUGGGAACUCGUCAUUUUAGCGUUCCUGGUUUUUACAGCUGUUUCUUUAUAUUUUAGGGAUAUGCAACUUGCCUUUAUCCUAGUAUGCAUCACAAUGCUAUUGCUUCUCUGCAUGAAAAUCACAAAGCAAGUGAGGUUGGCCAGGAAAAGGAAAAGAAGGAUGCUUCUUCCUUUAUCUAUUUAGAACUACAUGGAGCUUGAAUGAGUUUAAAUGACAUGGUGCCUGAAACUAGCUGAUGAAGGAAUACGAUUUGAUAUGAUUGCCUCGAAAAAUGC